AUGUAGCAAGCCAUCGUAUAGGCUGCAGACGGCAUCAAUCAAUUAACACAUAAAAGGAACAUAUACAUACUACCAACAGGACUCGCUCUAUUCCAUUGCCCAUUCCAUCGCAAACGUCUUGCUAGUCCCGUCUGGCGAGGUCUCUUGACGACACCCCACCCCCCGUCUAGUCCGGCAAGGAUCAGAGAUGCCCCGGUAUCCUCUCAUCAACGCGAUCGGAAGCAUAGUCAUCUCUGCCAUCACUCUCACCUCAGCGUUGUACCUUUUGGUGUUACUGCAUCGACAAGGAAAGGGCAAGCUUCGUGUGAGAUUGCUGGUAGGAAUGGUCGUCAGCGACCUUCUUUUGGGCGUCGUUAUAUUACCACCGGAUGCCAUGUAUCUGGCCGGCAGAAAGCUGGUUACAGGAUCAGCAGGUUGUAAUGCACAAGGUUUUAUCCUUAUCGCGAUUCUCUUCACUCAGCACCUGUGGACAUUGGCUAUAGUCAUUUCCACGUUCCUUCUUUUACGGCAUCCACUUUCGCGUGUCACAUUUCUGCUAGAACGGUAUUCUUGGGUCAUCACGCCAGUUAUCUGGGGCGUUUCCAUAUUACAUGCUGGCCUAUGGUACCACUACAUAGGGUACACGAACACGGGAAACUUGUGUUAUUACGGGACGCGCUCAGCAAGGGUCGGUUUGGACCGCGAUAUAUGUCAAUUCAUCCCACGAGCUUUUGUUUUCCUCGUCACCAUCAUUCUCUAUUCACGUCUUUUCACCUUUCUUCGCCGCCCAGAUACUAUCCAACUUUCCUUUCAUUCUACUCCCAAAACGUCAAUCAUCGACGUUCGGUCGGCUCAACCUGCUCGUCUGCCUAUUGCAAAAUUGAGCAAGAAGUUGGGCAUCACGCUUUCCGCCGCCUGCCCCCAAAGCCCCAAAAAAGAAGUGAAUCCUGAAGCACCAUGGGAAGCUAUGGAGUUUAUCCAAGUUGGGAACGUGGAUCUUUUAGCACCCGACGCGACUGUGACAUGUGUCAAUGACUGUGCUGCUGCAAGGCCCCCACCAGCAUCUCACUUUAGAGCAUUAGCCUUGGAGUCGGGCUCUUCUUCCACCAACACAUUGUCAGCUAUCGCGCCACCUUGCAAAACGGAAGAUGCGUCGGGUACUGUUCAAUUAUCAUACGAUGGCAGUGCUCUCAUCUCAUCAUCUCCCAAGAUAGGCUCGUCAGGCGUUGACGUUGGCGUUGGCGUUGAAGCAUCGCAGACGUCAAUGACAAUAGCUUCCGCCGGCUGUACAACGGGUUUUCCUGCAUUAGUGGAAUCAGAAAAAAAGGUGGUGGGCGUUAAAGAAGAAGGCGAAGAGCCGCCGGAGGAGCAGAGGCAGACUUUGAAGGAGUUUUUCGCAGAGCAUCAGAUGUCGGCAGCUGAACUUGGGGCUGUUGGUAAAAAUGGUGGUGGCUGUCAGCAGAGAUCGGCGACGAGUUAUUUCAAUCGGCAGGCAAGUCUGUUAAUGUUGUAUUUCCCCUUUGCUGUGAGUUUUUUUUUUGGUUUUUUGGAUUUUUGGAUUUUUUUUUUUUUUCGCGUUCCGUUGCGUAUCCCUGGGGGCGUGACUCGUAAAGUAUUGAUGGAAGGGCCUGAUGCUGAUAUAUGUGGUGGGUUUCCGCAGUAUAUGGCUGUAUUUUCUGUCUCUCUAGUAAGAUUGGUAUACGACAUGGCGUAUUCUGGUAGCAGCAACCCGGUACUUGGCAUAAUAUCCCACUGGAUGGUGUUGUCGGCCGGCGUAAUCGAUGGAUUAGUCUAUGGCAUUGCAGAGUUUAUGGUUAAAAGAAAAGUUAGAAGAAAGAUGCCUGAGCAUUUGUAACAUCAGAGAAAGAAAAAACCGGCGCGUUCUUUUCUCGCGACGCGAAAUGACUCACAAUAGAUAAAAUACAUCAUAACAUACCAUCCCAAGGGAGUGAUGGUCUUAUUUCUUGCAUGUAACAUUUUCUUGUAAAUAUUCUUGAUUAGCGAUAAAUGUCAAGAAA